UUUGCCUUUGAACUUGUGAUGUCACAGUCAUGGCAUCAUUCCAUUCCGAAUGCAGUUAGUAUGUUUUCAUAUUGAGAACAGAGCCACACUCUGAUCAGUACACACUCUUCAGAUCUCUGCAAGUGCUUGUAUCGUCAAAUGAGUCUCGUUCGAAACGUCAACGUCAUGUCUUCUACAUCUACACAAAAGUUCAUGACUCCAAGUUCUGGAAAAGAUCGAGAGAGCAACAUGAAUUUCAAUGUAAGGAAGAGAGGAAGGGAGGACAGUGAUGUUGCACCUAUGAAAAAGAUCAAGGUUUGCAACAUCACCCAGUCCACUGAACCCUGCAACAAGGUGCAGGAGGGUGUCAAUCCAAGGAAGAGGAGGGCUAGCCAUGAUGGAAAGAUGCCCGGGAAAAAAAUGAGGCCCAGUGAAGGGUCAGUGAAGAAUUAUACAAGACAGUGGGGCAAGAGAGAGGCCAGUGUUGAUGCUGGGACAUCUGCGAAAAGGAUGAGGUGUAGCGACAGCACCAGCAUCACUGUGUCCACUCCCACUGAAUCUAUCUCUACUGGAUCCAGCAUGAAGUCCAGCUCUACCGGAUCCAGCAUGAAGUCCAGCUCUACUGGAUCCAGCAUGAAGUCCAGCUCUACCGGAUCCAGCAUAAAGUCCAGCUCUACUGGAUCCAGCAUGAAGUCCAUCUCUACUGGAUCCAGCAUGAAGUCCAGCUCUACUGAAUCCAUCACUACUGGAUCCAGCUCCACUGCAUCCAGCGCUACUGUCUCCAGUGAGAAAGUGAUCAUCAGCCAUAUUUUUAACAACGUCUCACUGGAAGAGCAGAAAGUUUUUGAGCUGGCCUCCUCAGGGAGCACCAGCAGAGCUGAAUUUGAAGACAAGUAUGUCCAGCAAGCACCGAUCGGUCAGGGAGGCUUCGGUUCAGUAUAUGCUGGCUUCCGUAAAGAAGAUUCUUUACCAGUGGCUAUCAAGCAUGUACCCAGGGAUAUUGUGAGGCGCGAACGAGUGGUUUGCAAUGGGAAGGUGUAUUACAUCAUUCUGGAGGUGGCCCUCAUGCUCAAGACUGCAGGUCUACCAGGAUCAGAUGGACAAUCCGCUGCCAUAUCCCUUCUGGACUGGUACGCUCUUGAACAUGAGCUAAUCCUGGUUUUGGAAAGACCAGCUUACUCCCUGGACCUCCACAAGUACCUUCAAAUCAACGGAGGCUCCUUGCCGGAACAUGAGGCUAAGAUGAUCCUGAGUCAGCUGGUGGAUGCAGCCAUUGACAUGCACGCCAAGGGUGUCUUUCACAGGGACAUCAAGUUAGAAAACACCCUGAUUCAGCGUUCUCCAACUGGUGCCCCAAGAAUCCGGCUGAUUGAUUUUGGCUGUGGCAGCUUCUCAACAGAGACAUCUUACGAUUCUUUCUGUGGUACCCGUGCAUACGUCCCUCCAGAGUGGUUUGACUGUAACGCAUACUGGGCUCAUCCCACCACGGUUUGGCAGCUGGGCGCACUCUUCUAUUCAUUGCUGAAUGGAAGAGAAUAUUUCACAACUGAAGACUUCAUCCAGAACCACAUUAGAAUCAACAGUGCACUGUCCCGAGACACCAAGAUUUUGUUGUACAUGUGUCUGGCCAGAGACUCAAUGGAGCGUGCCACUCUGCAGGAGCUACAGUCCUUCCUUGCCUUCACACAACCCAGCCCUCCACCCAUCUAAGCCCUCCUCUUCAAUAAAAGGCCGUCAGGUUGGUUCCUCCCACCACCCCACAUUCUCACAGUCGGGACAGCGCCACACACAUAUCCACAUUGCAGGAAACAGUUAGCAUUGAAUAAUACUCUGUGAUGUCUGUUCUUUGCAUACGAUCCUGCCAUCGUUUCUCUUCCUGCUGAGAUGCGCCGGAGUCCACCUGACCUCCAUCACUGUCUGCUGUGUGCCCUGCUGCAUCCUCGGAAAUGGAACAUUAAUA